ACCAUCCAGAAAAAGACCUUAUGAUGCUCGCGAAAAAAUAGAUAAAGCUCGUUUACUUCAAGUCGCUCAGAAAAAUGUUUUAAUGAUGUUAGAAAAGGGAACGUUACCAAAAGGAUUUAAUAUUGAUUCUAUUCGGCCAGAACAACGGGUGUCAUUGAAGACGGGAGGAAAAUCUGUUCAGGAAUUAACUGAUUUUUGCCGUGCUAUAUCACAGAGAGAUCAAGAGGACAAUUCUAGUAAUGGAAGUCAGGAUAAACAAAGUGAUAUUGACACUCCAUUUAUACAUCAUCCUUUUAAACUUAAAGAGCAUCAGCCAGUGAUAAAACUAAAUAUUAAGAAUGCUGUACAGUUACCAGUAAAAACGCCUGCCGAAAAAGUUGCAGAUGCCGCUCGUUUACGCACACAGUUUCCUGUUUCUAGCGGCAGUCAGCAUCGACUUAAAGAACUUCAGUGGGUUCCCGUUGAAGAAGAUUCUAAGUCAUCGACUAAAUCUUCUAAAUCUUCGCCUGCAAAUACUGUUUCUGUGAUUGAAUCUCAAACUGAAAUUGUUUCAACACCACCAGAACCAGAAGAACCACCUCCUCCCCCUCCUCCUCUACCACCACCAGCACCUGUAAUUAGUACUUUUGCUCCUGCUGUGCAAUCUACCUCAUUUUUUGAGUCAGUUUCACAAAAUACUAGCAUGCAUGAUAUGGAUCUUACUGCAAUUGUUUCUCAAAGGCUAAAAGCCAUUCGGAAAUUACAAGAGAAUCCAAAUGACGUGGAAGCAUUAAACCAAAUGUUUCAGUCCCAACAAAAAAUGCAAGCCUGGGUACAGUCUAAACAACUUCCUGGUCAAUAUACAGGUAGUACUGAUAUACGGCUUCUUAGUCCAGAAGAAUUAACUGGACCUGUUCCAGUUUGGGUAAAGAAGUUCCACUUUCUUUCAGAAAUGAGAUUUAACUCCAAAGAAAAUCUUAUCAAUUUUCAGAAGAAAUAUUUCACAGAUCAGUUUAGUAGAGCUAUGCCUGUUAGAGAAGGUAUAGGUAUGCAUCUCUUACGAAAAAUGGGAUGGAAUCCUGGAGAGGGAUUAGGAAAAAAUAAGGAAGGUGUACUUGAACCUCUUCUUCUUGAUAUUAAAACUGAUAAAAGAGGUCUUAAAUCAGAUGAUGACAUAUCAAAGAAAGUUCCACCGCAACCAAUUGCUAAAGAUCUUUCAGGUAAACACCCAGUUUCUGCUCUGAUGGAAUUAUGUUCCAAGAGAAAAUGGGGAGCUCCAGAGUUCCAGCUUAUUGAUGAAAAUGGACCUGACCACAGAAAAACAUUUUUGUUCAGGGUGAGGAUUAAUGGAGUAGUUUAUCAACCCACGUGUUCCAGCCCAAAUAAAAAACACGCUAAGGCUCAGGCAGCUGCUGUGUGUCUCCAGUCAUUGGGACUACUCCCAAGAGAUCUCAACAAUCCCCUGUAAUUAUUAUCAAGAAAUUUUUAUGCAAUGUAAAUUUGAUGUACAAAUAUUUUUACUAAGGAAGACUUUCACAUCCACAUUAUUUAUUUGAUCAUGUAAUUUUCAAUAACUCUUCAAAAAAUAGAUACAAAACCAUUUAUUUUUAUUGAAAUAUUUUGUUCUAAGUUUAAGAACCAUCACUAUAAACAAUUAAUGUAAAACAAUUUUAUAAAAUUUGAAAUUAAUGUAACAAAAUUCACGAGUAGUGUAUCAAUCAAAAAAUUGAAUGUAUUGUGAAUUAAUCAAUAUGCAUGUUAAUGACGAGAGAUGUUCAAUUUAACAAAUCUCUUGACAAACAAUGAAAAAUAUUCAAAAUGAUUAUCUUAGCUCAAUAAGAAAGUAAAACAUGUAACUUUUUUACUAGGAUGAUCAUUCUGCUCUAUUUUAUCCUGGAUAGCUCCUUUUAACAUUGUAUGAAAGGGAGACAUUGAUGUAGAAUCAUUUAAAUAAUGCAAUUUUCUGUGUAUGUAUAUAUGGAUUUCAAAUAGUUAAAAUAUACAAGAAUCAAUUAUCAUAAACACUAUUACUUUGAAUUUAAGAUGUACUGUUCCACAUGCCUAGGAACAUUUUAAAUUCAAAGUAAAAUGGUAAAUCAAACUCUAAGUUGCUUUUUUUUUUUUUUUUUGGAAAAGACCUUGUUGUGUUGUGUGGUUGCUAUGUUCCUAUUAAUGUCGAGGAGAUGAAGUGUAUAUCGUCUUGUAGAUACUUUGGUCUUUGACAAGAAAGGUAUUUGCAUGUGCAAUUCAAAAUGCUUUACCUUGUCUACAUUUUGUUAUGGACCUAUAAAAUAUAACAUUUUCUUGCGUAGAAAAAGAUGUUAAAUUUUUAUACUCAAAAUGUCGGUCAAACCAUAAAUUAUACCUGAUAGACAGCAGUUAAAAAUUAUUCUUACUUAUGAGAUAUUUGUGAUUUCUAUAUCUGUUAAAGUGCAUUUACGAACAUUGUGAUAAAGAUUGUUUAAAUCUUAAUACGAUAACUUUCGAAAAUGUAGCAAUAGAAAUGAUUAAUGUACUCGAUAAAGACAAUUUUUUUUGAGUUUUAUUAUUAAAAGAUCGCAACACGAUAUUUUGUGAAAACAAAA